AUGAAGCAACCACUUUCCCCCUCAUACAUUUCCCGUUCCUCAGCAAUGUCAGAGCUUGAUAGCCUCUCCGACUCCGACUGGCUCGACAUCGCCAGUGGCAGAGACUCAGAUGACAAUGAUUCACUCAGCGACCAGGACAGCGAUCGCGACGAGAUCAGCUCGAUGCCACGGUCUCGCAGGUCUUCGAUAAGCAACGGCGACUCUGUGAGCAGCGACGUUGAGGCUUGGGAGGGCUUUGUGUCCGACGGCGGCGACGAGGCAGAGGCUAUCACUGGCAUGUAUACUGUGCCACUUCCGUCUGCUCUGGGGGCUCAACCGCUUGUGCUAGGGUUUGACCCCAUAGUACCGAUAGUCGACGAAGCCAUCGCAGCGGAGGACAGGCGAGUUAGGGAAGCCCUUGACCAGAGCUUUGUAGGCACCCUGAGCGCCUCUGCCCGCGCUGCCACAGGCAGUGCACAUACUUCCAUUCGCGAUCUUCGUCUUUCAUUUCCCGACCCCAUAACCAGCUCUAGAGAUGAAUUGCAUAGGUCCUACGAGACGGUAUCUUCACCUACAGAGACGACCCUUACCUCCACCACCGACAACGAUGACAUCGUUCCCGGUACAGAGCCUGAAUCUAGCCAUAUGCCUUCAGAACUCCCGGCGCCCCCUCCGAUUGAGGAUCCGGGUCUGCCAUCUACAACACCCGCGGUCCAACAUCACGAGGUCCAACCCCUUGAGACUGCUGAGGAGACGAAGGCGCAAGCCGAAUUAGAAAUAGUUCUCUAUGGCGCUUCUUCCGAGGUUAAGUGCAAAUUUGUCCAGGAGUUGAUCCAUAGUGCCACAACUGCAUCUGGUUACACCCCUGUUGAUAAACUUCGCGAGGGGGAACAUAUCCAGACUCUCCGUUUCACCAAGAGCUCUGACAACAUCUCAAAGUUCUUCAACGCCAUCGAUAUCUCAGACCGAACCAACAACAUCGUUGGCGUCGACAACGUUGAUCGUUUCGAUUGUCCUUCUUUGGCCGUUGUAUACUUACCGACUGUCAAACUUCCCGUUCUAGCCUGGCACGAUGCUUACCUUCCUGUAGUCAUUCCCACUCCUGACUCAGAGCUCGACGAUGCCGUCAUGCUUCAGAACGCUGAAGAUGACUGGGACCUCCUUGCCAUCCCUUCGAACAGAGUAGUCAAGCUCGGGACAUCUAAAUCAUCUAUCUUCAAUCCCAAGGACUUGGUGCAGCUUAGCUCUGUGCAAAUUCUACAGAUUCUCCGUGGAAUUGGCCGUGAUACCAAGAAGAUUACUGCACUGAAGCCGCUUACUGAGCAGGUCAAGUCCGUCAACGCGGUCACUUUGUUCGCUCUUAUGUCGAUAAUCAUGGGCUUUGCAUUCAACACGGCGUUCCGCUCUCCCACCCCUUCCCCAACACCCACUGUCAAUACACCUUCUGGAGGGACGUCGCAUGCAAGCCAGUUAUGGGGCCUCUUCGCAACCCAGCCCAAUAAGUCUAUCCUUGCAUCAUCUAUGGGGACUACCCCGGCGUCCACUCCCGGUUUAGGCGUUGGUUCCUUGAAAGACAUGGCCUUAUCUGUCUUUAACCCCGGUAGCACAUCACUCUCUGUGACGCCCCCGCUGACAUCUAAGAGCCUCAGUGUGGCUAGUGUUGCAUCCAAAGAGGUCUCACACACCAAUGGCCAUACCAAGGCGGUAUCCGCGACCAAGUGCCAACAAUGCCCGGCUGAUACCAGCUCCAGCAAGGCGGGAGUCGAUAAGGCGCGCGUUUUUACCGAUGUCGCCGUCAAGUCUACCGCAACUGCGCUUUCCAAGGUCUCGUACAUGACACCUGCAGUGUCUUCUCAUGCUCAGGUCAACGAUGCCUCUACUGCCUCCGGCUCCGGUUCCGGGACAUCCGUCGAGCGGCUCACCGUCCUCCCCACCUCUGGGAGCAGCACCGGCGCUGAACAACCUCUCGGCGUGAGCAUGAAUGUGAACCUGAACGCCGUCUCCUCCGCUCUCGACGCGACAACCAAAGCGCUCGUCUCGUCGCUCAGCAACGUGAAUGCGGGCGUGAAUCCGGAUAGCAUCUCUGACCGACUCUCGUCGACGCUGUCUGCUGCCGACACGUUGCUCAGUAACCUGCGCGCGCAGACGGACGUUGUGAUCCGCUCGUCGAAGGGGAAGGCGCGCGCACUGAGCACGCACCUUGUCAGUCUCCCCGAGCGCGUGGAUAGGCGCAAUAGACGCGCGAGGCGUAGGGCAAAGCAGCUCCGGGAGAAGGGGGAGAAGAUGGUCAAAGGCGUGAGCGAGACUGUGAGGGAGAGAACCGAGAGGGCGAGGAGGAGGGCCAGGGAGUUGGGUGGGGCGGUAGUUGGUGUCGGUGCUGAUGUGUGGGGCAGCUAUGAAAGAGCUCAAGGAGACUGGGAGGGGGUCUUGUCGAAUGCCCGUGUGGCUACCAAGAGAAACAACGGUCAGGCAAAGAGAACCAACGAAGGAGCCGACAAAGAUAAUAAAGUUAGAAGGUGGGAGGGAAGGGACAAGGAGAAUAUCAGGCCACCAGCAGAGACUAGGAAUUGCUGGAAAGAUAAGCUUUCCAUCCGCAGGCAGAUGAGAAGAGGUUUGGAUUACCUUUGA